AUGUGCAGUAAUCGAACGAGAAAAAUAUUACAGCUUCUGCAGCCGAUUCCAGAUGACGAGCAGUUAAAUUCACAAACUUUAAGACUGGUUUCAAUUGAAACAGUAAUUAGAGAAGAGCGCUGUUCGUCACCUUUAACAAAAGAACAGCUGCAAUUUUUUGAAAACCAUGCAAAUGAAGAAAACUUCCAAUAUUGCUUGAGAGAACUAUCACGAGAGUCGCCAGUAAGCAUGUUAAGCCGAGAAGAUAGUCCUUCUGUUUUGCACUCCCGAGAAAGUAGCCAUUCUCUUUUGAAUUCACAAGAAAAUGACCCGUACGAGACAGAUGCAGACUCAAGUAGCAACUGGUCACCCUCCCCGCGCGUCCGAAAAAAUCCUCGAUUGACUGUUAUAAGUUCAACAUCAGAUUCGUCUGAAUCUAAUGUCGAUGAAAACGUAAACAACAAGAGAAAAUCAAGAAAACGUUUACGUGAUCAAAAAAACUGGAAACGUGAAAUAGCGAAAACAAAAAGAUUAGCGGGAGAAAGUCAAAGGCGUAAAAAUUCAUCUAAUGGUCAGUUUUUGAUUUCACAAUGUGUGUGGCUACAGGUAAGGAAGCAGAAAGAUGGUAUUUUAUAUUAUAAAACCAGUUUCCAUGACGAAGAGUUCUCUGAGAUCAAUCUUAAAAAGAAUACUAGACAAAACCUUAUAUUGUCAAACUCCCUGCCACAGGCUCAUGAAAACAUUCGUCCUAUCAGUAUUGCGAAAUACAAAGAUUUGGUGACGUUAACUCAAUGGAUUGCCGAUCCAGAACUAAAAAAGUUUUACAUUGACCUACCACAUGGUAAUCAACCUGAUAUUAUCGAAGAAUCUGAAAAUCCUGACCUGUGUUAUUAA